UGCAAUGACGCGUGUACUCUUUUUGUGUGCGCUGCUGUGUUUUGGCGGCAGCUCGGCUUGGCCUAGCUUGGGAAAAUCCGCAGAAAAUGAAUCAGACGGUGUGAUCUUCUGUUACUACGGAGAAUGGGCCAAUACGAGGCCCGGAGCUGGCCGCUUCGGCGUCAGCGACUUACCCACGGAUCUCUGCACACACAUCGUCUACUCUUUCCUGACGCUAGACGGGCCUACAGGGAAUCUGAUUUACCCUCUUGAAUCAACGCAUGAAGAGAAAAGUAAUUCCGUAGCGGAUCUUAUAGCCUUGAAACAGUCCAAUGCCAAUUUAAAAAUCUUGGCUGCUAUUGGCGGUUGGGUAGAAGGUUCGGAUAACUUUUCACCGUUGGUCAACGACGACGCUCUCAGGGCAACCUUCAUCAGAAACUUGUACGAAUACAUCGACACCAAUGGCUUCGACGGCUUGGAUUUGGACUGGGAGUACCCUUCGCAACGAGGAGGCCUAGAGUCCGACAAGGAAAAGUUCGUUUUGUUGGUAAAGGAGUUGAAGGAAGCGUUCACGCCUAAAGGAUACCUACUGACCUCCGCCGUGGACGUCACACAGUCCCACAUUGACUUGUCUUAUGACGUCCCAGAACUCAAUAACUACUUGGACUUCAUAAACCUGAUGACGUAUGAUUAUCACGGCACCUGGGACGCAGGGACAGGUGUGAACGCGCCACUUUUUCCCCAGGAAACUGAUGACCCCAACCUCAACUUGAAUGUGAACCACUCUGUCCACGUAUGGAUCAAUAACGGCGCGUCCCCAUCCAAGCUGGUCCUAGGUCUGGGAGCAUACGGAAGGUCCUUCACCCUGACGAGUUUGGACAACACCGGGAUUGGGGCGCCUUUCGACGGGCCGGGAGCAAACGGCCCUUAUUCUGAAGAAGCCGGCUAUUUUGGUUACAAUGAGCUCUGCGAAGACCAGCAGAACAAUCCUUCUGCAUGGAACAUCACCGAGGUAGAGGGAAACUACGUGUAUGCCAAUAAGGACCUCUUCUGGGUCGGCUAUGACAGCCCCAACACUAUCUAUGCUAAGGCACAAUACGCCAAGGAAAUGGGUCUAGGUGGCAUAAUGUACUGGGCCGUGGAUCUAGACGACUUUAGCGGGAUCUGCGGGGACAAGUACCCACUCAUCAGACAGGGCAUCGAGGGAUUCAGAUCAUCUGCUUCUAUUAUCAGUGUCGCAAAGUUAUUAUUAAUAGUAUCACUGUUUAAUUGUAUUGUUAGACUUAGGUUUUUGUAA